AUUUGUUUUGCUGGCAUCCCUGCAAGCAGAGCAAUGCCAACCUCCCGUGCAUACAGAGGUAUAAGAUGCAGAGUGACGCAAGGCUAUUUUUUCCAGGGAUUUGAACCAUUCAGCUGGGUUUUCAAGCAACCUUCCAUUACUGCACAACAGCGCUGUUCACCUAAUAAUCUCUGCCUUCCAGGGUGCCCCCCAUCUUGGGGAAUUAAACAGUGCACCUGUAGGAUCACUGCACCUUUAGGUGCUUUCCCCUCUAUAUACAUCACCCCCGCACAGAUGCUGAGCAGACAGAGCCGGAGGGGGUGCGAGGUGAAGCGCCACCACUCCUGUCACCCACCAGUUUCAUUUUAGGGACCUGUGAGGUCACAGAUUUCUCAGCAGCCACCAACACCUAGGAAACACGAGAGUGGAAUGGCAGGGAGGGGAAAGGAGGCAGAGAGCCCGCAGUGAUGAAGUCACGGUAAAUCUGCUCCCCCGGUGCUGAAAAGGGACCCCGUGGCCGCGGCAGACAGAGGAAACCAGCACAGACCGUCUCGCCCGCACCGCAGCAUGACUUUCACCAGGGUGCUGCACGUCGUGGCUCUGUUCCUGAUGCAAGGGGAUUUUCCAGGAGCUGGCAGUGAAACCAUAACUCUGAAGGAAGGUGAAGACCUAAAUCUGCGCUGCACCCUCAGCAGUGAUGGCAGUUCUGCCCGGCAGUGGUUAAACCCUCACGAUUUUAGCAUUUUCCUGGACACCCACCGGGCUUUAAGAGAUCGGAGGUACAAACUUAUCCAUUAUUCAAAGGAGGAAUUAUCCAUCCAACUGUCUAACGUAACCGUGCACGAUGCAGGCGUCUAUAAGUGCUUCUACUAUGGCACCCCAUUCAAAAGCAAGAACAAGACUGUUGAGGUAUUAGCUGCUCCUUCUAAUCCAGUACUGGAAGUAUCCCGAGACACAGAAAGCAGCAUUACGCUGUCUUGCUAUACCCAUGGGUGUAAACCACAGCCCCAGGUCACCUGGCUGUUGGACAAUGGCAUAGAGCUCCCCGGUGACACUAAGCACAAGUUAGAAGCGGAUGGGAAGAAAUGGACCACAACCAGCAGGCUGACAGUCCUCGCCUAUGGGCCCGGUUCAACCGCCAGCUGCAUCGUUCGCCACCAAGCACUGAAAGAGGAGCUGAUGGCAUCUUUCCACUUUGAGGACAUCCCUAGGACUGUGACAAAUACAGAUCCUGCACCAGCUGCGCUAGAGGUCAAUACACACGCAACUGAGAAUGAGCAAUCUCCAGUGACUGCAGCAGAGUCGGAUCUGAACAGCAGCACAGUGUCUGCUCCAAGCUACCCACAACAUAAUGUGACAAAUACAGAUCUUGCACCAGGUGCAGUCAAUACACACGCAACGGAGAAUGAGCAAUCUCCAGUGACUGCAGCAGAGUCGGAUCUGAACAGCAGCACAGCGUCUGCUCCAAGCUACCCACAACAUAAUGGAUCUGAGCAACUAACCAUCCCUUCUACAGUACCAGAAGAUCCAGUAGUUAGCAGCUCCGCCUCAACACCAACCCAGCAAAACCUCCAACCCGAUGUCACAUCUACUUGGGCUGAAACGUCGUUCAAUGGCAACGUCACAGAAGAGAUUUCCACGCCAGACACAGCACCAACUGAAAAUGUAACUGUGAUUUCCACCAUCACCUUCGAGCAAAACGUGCAGCCUGAAGGUAUGGAAACGAAGGAGAAUAAUCUCCUGCUGCCCAUCCUGGUGGCUGCUCUGAUUUUCGUGCUGCUCAUCAUUGUCCUGCUCUUUAUGAGGAAGCUGAAGAGAGCUCACGGGGUGUGGAAGAGAGAAAAUGAUGUUUCAGACCAGACAGUGGAGAGUUUUAAGUCCAAAUCUAAUGAAGACAGUCCAGGCCAUGAGAAGAACGGACACGUUGUCAAUCAGAAGUCCAACAUGCAAUAUGUAACGGAUGGAUAUGCAGAAACAAUGCAGAAGAAUCCGAGAGACACAAACAUUGCAAUAAGUGAGAAACUGUUUGGAUGUGGAAGGGAAACGAAUGUAUAGGGAUGGCGAGAUGUGCAGAAACA